ACUGGGAAAAUAUGUGCUGGAUUUAGAAGCUGCUAAGAGUCAGUGAAAGGCUGCUGCUUCCUUCAGUUUGUAUUGAGCUUAGAAGUUGGAAGCAGCAGGAGGCGGAGGAGAGCUUCACCUAUAUAAAUAAAUAACUAAUCUGUGACAUAACAAGUCCUGAUGGCAGAGGAUUGGAUCAGAAUGAGGAGCAGCCUACACAGUGCCCCCGGCUCCUGGAAGCUCUACGCUGCUCUAUAAAGCAAGGCUGUACGCACAUGCAAAACUUCAGCACCCAUUGCAGCCCAGUAUGGGAAACGAUGCUGGUGUAUUAUAGAGGAUGACGGAGGAAAGGCCAAGAGUCCUGUGAUCGCACUUCAGAAUCAUACCCAGCGAAAUCCACUGUGCAUUCUCUAUAACGACACAGCGAGGACGCAGAAUAUACUUUGGAUGGGAAUACCUAAAUCGUGGAUAAGUUGGCUCUUGUUCCAGCUGCAACUCAUUGAAUGAAGAAAGGGGCCCGAGAAGGGAGAAGAAGAUUUCUGGCUACUUAGUGAACUGAGAUGCUGUUACCUGCUGAAAGUUGAACUUCCGUUACAUGACACUGAAACCAAUUGGCUUGGAGUAAUCCUUAUUGCUCCUAAUUUUUAUGCUGCUGAACAAUUACUGUAGUUUUGCUAGAACAACUAUUCUCGGUCAGAAACAUUAUUUUCCCCUCUCAUACCUCAUUUGAACUCUUCUUGGGUGUUAGGUGUGCAUUAAAUGCUUCUGUACCAAGGUUCAAGCUCCUGCUAGUGUCUCACUGGCCCCAAUGGAACCUUGACUUGGCCAUUGCUGCUACUGUUCUGCUUUUCUGAUUCAAGACUAGUUUCCCCACUGCAGGUUAUUCCUGAUUGGACAGUAAUGACUGCCUUUAUUUAUUGCUGAAUCCUAACUUCCUGACCUUAUACGUAGUAUGUGUGAUCUUCCAUCCCAUUGUGGAUUUCUAUUGGAUCAAGGCUAUAUAUAUUCCCCACUCGUUUCAGAAGCUCUGACUUGUACCCUGCACCUGUUGAAAUCUGGCUGAUCAUCACCUAUGUGAGUUCCCUUUACCUACUUUCUAACUUUCACCAAUAUCACUGAUUAUCCCCCAUUUGAAUUUCGAGAUGGCGGCUGGAAGUAUCACAACCUUACCAAUAGGGCCUGAGGAUGGGGGCAGUAGCCCAUUUCCCCCUGGUAACUUUAAAGACCCCAAGAGACUUUACUGCAAAAAUGGUGGAUAUUUCUUAAGGAUCAACUCAGAUGGCAGAGUGGACGGCUCAAGAGAGAAGGGCGACUCACACAUUAAAUUGCAGAUACAAGCAGAAGAGCGGGGUGUCGUUUCUAUCAAAGGAAUUGGUGCUAACCGCUACCUGGCAAUGAAAGAUGAUGGCAGAUUAGUAGCAUUGAAACACAUAACAGAUGAAUGCUUCUUUUAUGAACGACUGGAGGCAAACAAUUACAAUACUUAUCGGUCACGGAAAUACAGCGAUUGGUUUGUGGCACUGAAGAGGAAUGGCCAGUACAAAAAUGGAGCCAUAACUGGACCUGGACAGAAAGCCAUUCUAUUUCUUCCAAUGACAACAAAGAGCUGAUCUCAUGGACACUCAGAUUUAAAAAGCAUACACUAUUUUACCAGUAACAAAGUAUCAAAAUGUGAUUGAGAUACAACACUAGUAUCAUUGUACACGUUCUUCAAAAUGUUCUUGCAACAUUUCACUGACAAAUAGCAAAAUAAAUCAAAAGCAAUUCCACAAACUAAUUUUUUUUUACUGUAUAUACACAUUUAAAUACAUAAGGCAUUUUGUGUAUACAUUCCACAAAUUUAAAAGGUUUCUUUAGGAGAAAAAAAAAAUACAAUUAUAGUUAAUUAUUCAUAUAUGAAAAGU